AUGGAAGGCGAUAAGCUUGCUAACUUUGGGAAAAUUUAUCAACUCUUUUUAGGGCCUCAAGUAACUAUGAUGCUUUAUACAGUUGUUGAAUUAGAUAUACCACGUCUUCUUAUCGAACCAAAGACUUUCUCUCAAUUAGCAGAACAAACUCCAGCAAUCCCAGAAAAGUUAGAACGUAUUCUAUUUGCUUUGGAGCCUUUAGGAUUCUUCUCAUUUAGCCAAGAAACUGGAUUAUGGACAAAUUCUCCUAUGUCUGAAACUCUAUUGGACGAAAAAAUUAAUGCGAUGGCAAGAUGGCUUGGGAAUCCAUUUGAGAUUGAAAUGCUCACAAAAUUCCCUGAGUCAGUAAGACAGCAUGUAUCUGCUACUGAAUUGCGUUUUGGAUGCCAUUCCUUUGAGUACCUAGCAGCACACCCAGAUCUCUUAGAAACUUUCCAAAACACCAUGAGAGCAGUUACUAAAAUUUUUGGAGAUGGCUAUAAAAUAGUUGAUCUCUCGUCAGCAAAUAGAGUUCUUGAUGUAGGUGGAGGAGAUGGCUCACUUCUUAUUGAGCUAUUAAAGUGGAACCCUCACAUAUCAGGUGCUGUUUAUGAGCUCGAAGAAGUCAAAUCUAAAGCAGAAAAAAAUUUUACAGAUCACAAUUUACAAGAAAAAUUCAGCGUAAUUUCAGGCAGUUUUUUAAAUAGUGUUCCUGAGGGUUUUGAUUGCAUAGUUAUGAAGCACAUUUUGCAUGAUUGGGAUGAUGAAAACUCAAAAAAAAUACUUCAAAACUGUAGAAGAGCUUUAGAGGCAGGAAAACAGCUUAAAAUAAUCGAUAAUGUCAUUAUUAGAUCAAGUGAUCAUUAUCUUUAUGCAAGAAUGGCUGAUAUUCAUAUGAUGGCUAUUUUAAAUGGAAAAGAAAGAUCUAAGGAACAACUUGAAGCUUUACUUAAUGAAACUGGCUUUAGACUUGAUAGUGUUGAUCAAAUUAAACCAAUUCAAGACUUUGUUGUCAGCGCAACAGCAAUUUAA